GCCCGGCCCCGCGGCGCGGCCACGUCACAUGCUCGCGAUUGCUAACAAAUAUAGAGCCCGAUCCUGCUAAAUUCACCGGUCAGACCCGACUCAGACUUUUGUCUUCUCUCCUUACAAAGUCCAAUAUUGCCAAUGCCCACUUCAAAUCAAACUGCUAAUUAUGAAGUUACCUUGCUCACUUACCUUCAGUGUUUUGUAUUCUUGUUUCAGGAAAAGUUCAGGACAGAUAUUGCAUCAAGCAGUGAAACAGAUCCAUGAUGGACCAAAGUUUACCGCAGCCUCAGUGGUCUUCAAUACAAACAGAAAAGACAAGGAGAUUCCUCAUAUUAGCUCUGCUCCUGGCUUACCCAUAGUGCAUCAUGAUGGCUAUGAGUCUUAUCUACCUCCAGGUCAUCGCUUCCAGAUGAGAAAGUUCAACAAACUGAAAGAUGUUCUUCUUCAUGAUGGGGUUAUAUCAAAGAAACAGAUCAGUAGCCCUGUUCACGUUAUCAAAGAUGAGCUGGUUCUUGUUCACACUGAGGAGUAUAUUGACAAAUUCUUUGAAGGCAAGACAAGUCAAAAGGAGCAACGAGUGACUGGUUUUGUAUGGAAUGAGGGGCUUGUGUCGAGAUGUCGAUAUGAAACGGGUGGCACAAUCCUUGGAGCUGAGCUUGCUCUAGGAAGAGGACUUGUGUGUAGUACAGGAGGGGGCACUCACCAUGCCUUCCCUGGUCAUGGAGCAGGGUUCUGUCUUCUUAAUGACAUGGCUGUUGCAUCAAGGCUUCUGGUUCACAGGAAGAUGGUUGAUAGGGUGUUGAUAAUUGACCUGGAUGUGCAUCAGGGUGAUGGCACAGCUCUUAUCUUCCAGGAGGAUCCUAAUGUGUUCACCCUCUCUGUUCACUGUGGCAAGAAUUACCCAGUCAAGAAGCAACAGAGUGACCUUGAUGUCUCUGUAGACCCGGGGACAGGGGAUGAUGAAUACAUGAGGAUCAUCCAAGACCACGUUCCACCAGUCUUGACUAAAUUCCGUCCCGGCUUGGUGUUCUUCGAUGCUGGCGUUGAUCCACAUAAGGAUGAUGCUUUAGGACAUUUAGAGUUGACUGAUCAGGGUCUAUUCAGGCGAGAUCAUUGGGUGAUGAAUGAAGUCAUCCAGAGAGGAAUCCCCUGUGUAGCUGUUAUAGGAGGUGGAUAUGACAAAGAUGUUGAUAUACUGGCUGCAAGGCACUCUAUCCUUCAUAGAGCAGCAAAGAAGGUUUGGCAAGAAAGGAGUCUUUGAUGAGAAUUCUAUGAUGAAUUCAUCAGCAACUGCAAUAAUCUACAGAUCUUUCUUCAAGUGCUAUUAAAUUAAGUGUGUGAUAUCUUACAAAAAGUGAUUAGUUUCAUUAUGCAUAAAUCAUGAAUGAAAUCAGUGUUCAUCCUCAGGGCACAUAAAAAGUGACUGACAUUAGCAAUAUAUUCUUUACCUCUAUAAAUAAAGAGUAUUAUGGUUUUUUUUUACCAUUGGAACAGAUAAAUUUUGCAAUUAAGACUAUUACAAUCAAUCAUAUUUUCAUUUCUGAGAUUGACUCGACCAUAAUAGUGUAAUUAGGGAUGCCAGUUGGAAUUGAUCAGAGGGCCUGAAAAUCACCUAGAAUACAAUAUUUUGUACACAAAAAUGCUAAAACUAUGGCCUGAAAAUAAACUGCCAGAGCCUGACUUCAGGCUUUUGCCUGAAAACUGGCAUCCCUGUGUAAUAAAGAACCAUGUCACUUCAUUACAUUUUUUAAUGAUAAAUAUGCCAUCAUAUGACUUUAUAUGUGAAAUAGUCAAGGUAAUGACAUCUAAGAAAGUCGGUCGAUAUUUGAAUUAGAAAAUCCAACGCCUGGGGCCCCAUUUCUUAAAGAGAUACAAUUAUUGAAAUUUUGCGAUUAUGGCAACUACCAUGGAAACGAUGGUAGUUGCCGUAAUGGCACAGUUACAACAGUUGCAGGUCUUUAUGAAAAGGAUGUCAACAGAUUGGUGUCAAAUUGUUCAUGAAGUGCCACACAUCUUUCAUAUUGGCAGAAUUUAGUAUUUUCUAUUGCAUUUGAACAUUGUCCCUGCAAAAGGAAAUUUCCAAUUGUUUUGAAAGUACACCGCAAAAAUAAAAUUUCAAAAAGUUACAUCAUACCUUAAUUGGAAGUAGGCAUCAAGUUAUACAAAACUUAUUUGUCCCCAGGUAUUCAGUGAUUCACUCUUUAUUUAUGAGCUGUGCAGUAAAGGAUGUACAUGGACAGUUUGAUAAUUUUUCAUGAUUAAACUUGUCUUUUCUCAGUAACCAGAACUUAUCUUGGUUAGGUAAGUUUUGAAAGUAGAAAAAUUGACUUUCUACUACAUGUGAUGUUCCAUUCAUAAUUACUGUGUGAAAAGGAGCACUACCUUAGUUUAUAUUAUGGGGGUUGAACUGAUGACCUCUUGUGUAUACAUGGGAUUGAAAUGCUUAACCCAAAGAAAAGAAGUUAUAGCUCAGGAGAAGUUUGAACAGGGGGCUUUUCACAAAGAUAACUGCAUUUGUCAGAUCAUUCUAAAAGGACAUGCAAUACUGUGUAUUAAUCAAUAAGAUUGCGCAUUACAUAUCAUAUACAGGUCGACAUUUAUGUGCGACUCUCAAGUAACUUGCUCAACCCUGACCUCUAUAGUAUAGGUAACUCUGCCUGUUGACCAUCCAGAAGUCAAAUAUUAUACCCAAGUCAAAGUAAUUUUUUAUACCAGAUUAUUAAAAACAUGUUAUAUAUCUCUUCUAAGUCAAAUUUCUCCUAAGUCGAACAGAUGUCUUUGGUCCCAAAAGAUUCAACUUGUGCAGAGUUACCUGUAUUCAUUUCUAUGCAUGUGUAUGUGGUUGUUAUCUUGCUAUCAUUUUUUGAAAGUGCCUAUUGAUUCAUAUAAAGAAAUUCUGCAAAUGUCA